AUGAGAGAAAUUAUUGCUACUGCUAUCAUGGUACAUGAGUAUCCUUUUAGCAUUGUAGAGGACACUGUUUGGAUGUGGGCUUUUAAGUUUGCAAAUCCUGAUUUUGAGAAAGUUUCACGUCAAACAAUAAAAAGUGAUUGCAUGGCAAUAUAUCAGGCAGAAAAGAAGUGUCUUAAGGCUGAAUUAAUGAAUGUGAAUAGGAUUAGUAUAACCACUGAUAUGUGGAGAUCUAAUCACCAAGUUGCUGAGUAUAUGGUCAUCACUGGCCAUUAUAUUGAUUCAGAAUGGAAAUUACAAAAAAAAGUGUUAAGUUUUGUCAAAGUGCCACCUCCAAGACGUGGGGUUGAUGUUGCUGAUGCAAUAUUCAAAUGUCUGGAAUCAUGGGGGAUUGAAAAUAAGGUGUUUUCCGUGUCUGUUGAUAAUGCUGCGUAUAAUGAUGUUUGCAUAAGAAAUAUCAAGAGCACAUUGUCAAGAAGCAACAAUUUAGUCCUUAAUGGAAACAUAUUUCAUGUUAGAUGUUGCGCUCAUAUUCUGAAUUUAUUAGUGCAACAUGGCCUUAGUCAUAUCAAAGAUAUAAUCGAGAAUGUUCGUGAAAGUGUUAAAUUUGUCAAUCAAUCUGACUUGAGGUUGAAGACUUUUUGUGAUAUUGUUAAGCAGAUGAGGGUAAAAGAAAGAAAGUUAGUUAUUGAUUGUCCUACUAAAUGGAACUCAACUUGUGAAAUGCUAUCUACUGCUUUAAUAUUCAAAGAUGUAUUUCCGGAAUACAAGGAAAGGGAACCAUAUUAUAAAUACCUGCCAUCUGCAGAGGAAUGGAUCAAAGUUGAUAAGGUCUGUAAUCUUUUGGAGGUUUUUAGUCAUGUUACUAAUGUCAUAUCAGGUAGUGACUAUCCCACAACCAAUUUAUAUCUCCCUGAAGUUUAUAGGGUUAAAGAAGUAAUUGAUGCUGCAAUUGAAGAUAAUGAUGAUUUUAUGAGAUCAAUGGCAAGGCCAAUGAAAGUAAAAUUUAACAAGUAUUGGGGGGAGUGCAACCUGCUGAUGGCGAUUGCUAGUGUUCUUGACCCAAGGUGCAAACUGCAUGUGGUAAAUAUUUGCUUCCCAAUUAUAUACAAAUCAGAAGUUGAGGCAAAAGAAAAUGUUGAAAAAGUGAAGCAAGCUUUAGAAGAUUUGUAUAAUGAGUAUUGUGCUUUAGGUUUGCAAGAGCCAGUCUCUAAUAGUGAGCUAGAAACUAGUGUGAACCAAUCAUCCUUGUCUUCCACUCUCCCACCUCAAGGUCCUAAAUCUGGAUUUUCUAAAAUCAUGAGCAUUGUGCGUGAAAAGGAAAUUGUUCCCCCAGUAAAAUCAGAGUUAAAAAGUUAUCUUGAAGAAGGGGUUUAUAUUUGUGAUGAAAAAUUUCACAUUUCCUUUAAUGCCUUGGAAUGGUGGAAGACCAACAGCUUGAAAUACAGAAUUUUAUCAAAGAUGGCAAGAGAUAUAUUAGCUGUUCCAAUUUCUACAGUAGCAUCUGAGUCCACAUUUAGUGCUGGUGGAAGAGUAAUUGAUGCCUAUCGUGCUAGUUUAGGCGAAGAGACUAUUCAAGCAUUAGUUUGUGGCAGAGAUUGGCUACGAAACAAGUAUGAUUUGAAGAAAAAAAUAAAAGGGAAGCACAAUAGUGAGAAAUGGCUGAUGUGA